GACGAACUUUACGCGGCCAACAUGCCAGAAGAAAUAUGCCCAAUCGGUACAAUAUUGAAAUUCUCUUGCAGGCCAGAAUUUGAACUAAGGGGGCCAAGACAAGCAAAAUGCGUUUACGGUAGUCAUUGGAUGCCACCUAAUCUUCCGGUAUGCCACGCAAUCAACGCCUGUGCAAAUCACCCAUGUGGGUACAACGCUGACUGCAUCAAUGAUGGUCAAAGUUAUAGAUGUGUUUGCAAUUCUGGUUACUACAUGAAAGACAAGAAAUGCCACGCACAAGUUUGUUACGCUCCCGGUGUGAAACAUGAUUGGUCAUAUUCACCGGUGCACAAGAAGACUUGGCGUGUUGGUCAGACAAUUUCUUUUCACUGUCCGACUGGCUAUGAACUAAUUGGCGUAAAAUCUGCCAAAUGCCUAUUAGGAGGUAAAUGGAAUCGAGAAGCUCCUGACUGCAGAAAAAGAAUAUUUUGCUCCUUACCUUCACUGCCCAAGUAUUGCAGUUACUCGCCAAGAUAUCAAAAAACAUGGUAUGCGGGAGGAAUGAUACAUUUUCAUUGUCCAACUGGUUACAAAUUAGUUGGUCACAGCUACUCAAUUUGCGCAAAAGACGGUACAUGGACCCAGUCACCCCCUAUUUGCGAACGACCCGUUUUUUGCCACGUUCCCAAUCUGCCAACAAAUUGCAUGUACUCACCAAAGUAUCAGCAUUCGUGGAAAGUUGGAGGCAAAAUCUUAUUUUCGUGUCCAAUUAACUACAUAUUGAAAGGGCAUGGGUCCGCAGUGUGCCUUGCAAAUGGACAGUGGAAUAAUUCGCCACCAAGUUGUGAACGAAAAAUAAUGUGUCGAGUACCACAUGUUCCAAAGCGUACUGGAUUCUUAGGGAACACUCGUCGACAAUGGCGACCUGUUGGUGGACGACUUAGUUUUUCUUGUCCGGACGGAUAUAUAUUGAAAGGUCAUAAUUCUGCAACCUGUACUGCUGAGGGGAAAUGGGACAACUCACCCCCAGUUUGCGAAAGACGUCCAACGUGCGCUGUUCCGAAUCUGCCAGAACAUUGUACAUACUAUCCAAUUCACGCAACCUCCUGGAUGGUUGGACACAAAAUUCAUUUCCAUUGUCCCCAUGGAUACAAGAUGCUAGGUCAUAGUUAUGCUACAUGCUUAGAAGAUGGGUUAUGGGACAACUCACCGCCUACCUGUGAACCACCAACAUUGUGUCAUGUUCCAACGAUGCCGCAGUACUGUAGUUACUCCCCUCGAUAUCAACGUUCUUGGUAUGUUGGACAAAAAAUUAAGUUUUAUUGCCCGUUUGGAUACGUGUUGCAAGGUGAUUCGUACGCUAAGUGCAACGAAGGUGGAAUCUGGAGCAGUCAGCCGCCAACUUGUUAUAAACCAACACAAUGUUAUCUACCCAAGUUGCCCCCGUUUUGUGGAUACGCCCCGGCUCGUCAACAAUCCUGGAACGUUGGAGACAAAAUUACUUUUUUCUGUCCCAGCGGAUUCGAUUUGAAAGGAGAAACUCAGGCUGCGUGUCAGGACAGUGGGUUGUGGGAUAACAGCCCACCAGUGUGCAAAAGACGGGAAAUGUGCCAUACACCACAUAUGUCAAAGUAUGGUUCAUAUUUACCGCCGUUUGGUAAACAUUUCGAAAUCGGGCACACAAUAAAAUUCAUAUGUCCAAAAGGUUUUUCAUUGGUGGGAGCUGACCAUGCAACUUGCAUCGAAGGAGAAAAAUGGGACAAUCCAACACCUCGUUGUAUUCGUUAUACGUGCUUACUUCCGAAAUUUCCACCGCAUUGUUCGUAUUUCCCAAGAUUUCAAAAAUCAUGGAGCUCAGGUCACAAAAUAAACUUUGUUUGCCCCAGAGGAUAUGAGAUGAAAGGACACAAAUAUGCAACUUGUUCCGAUGAAGGGAAAUGGGACAACGUACCACCUACUUGCCAUAGAAAACCAGCAUAUUGUAAAGCUCCCGUUCUGCCCGUGAAAUGUAAGAUGACAUCUCCAUAUAAACAAUACUAUCAUGAAGGAGAAAUAACUCACUUUGCGUGUCCAAAAGGAUUUAGACUGAAAGGAUACAAAGCUGCAAAAUGUCGAUAUACUGGUCUCUGGUCUAAUCCACCGCCAAUUUGUUACCGUAAGUUAUUGCAUUCAACUUAAAUAAAAGAAUGAACGAUUCUUGCUACAACCACCUCUCACUUUUUGUAGGUUACAAUUAUCAACUUCUAAGGAUGGGAAAACGUUACGGCAAAUAAAUGGUAUAAAUGUAUUGCAUCAGGAUUACUGAAAUGUUCGCUUUUAACAAGAAAUCUGACAAGAAGACUCUCUUUUGAAAUAUAUACUUAUUCGUUUUACUUUUCAAAUCAGAGCAUCACAUCAUAUUAGCGUUCAACAC